AUGAUGGAAGAAUCGCAAGAAGAGCCAAUUCCUAGGAGCAGCUUGGAGUUUACUGAGAGCUCAAUCUUGGACACAAUCGUUCCACAGGCCAGCGAUUUGAAUAUAGAGGAGGCUUUGAGCGGGAGUGUAGAAAAGCUUGAUGAGGGCAAUGGUUCUCCAUUAGCUGCCAUUCCUCAAAGGCAAGCUCUUUUUUUUGAUGAAACGGUCAAUAUUUAUGUCGUCCUACAAACUCCCUACUUUGACGAACGAUCUCUUCGAUCCUAUCUUAACAGACUUAUAAUCAACGUGGAGGCCCAGGUUAUCAAUGCGAAUGGCGAGCAUCAAGAUAGCUCGGCGGGGCGUGAACUGAUUUACAAGGGCUCCGUGCAAGAAAACGAUGAGCCAUUGAUAGUUGUGCAAGGCUCAGACGAGACUGAUAGCGCCAAUAAUGACGGUCAUAUACUUUUGAUAUGGAAAUUAUCUGCAUUCCUUGCAAGACCGCGACUACGCUUGCAGAAUCCCUCCAUUGUCUUCGCGGCCACGGCGAAUCUCAAAGCAGCGGAACAAGUCGACACGGAUGCAUUGCGACAGGAAUAUCUCCCAAGUCAGAUCCCAUCGGGCUUGAAUCUUCUUGAGGCUUUCAGUGGUGAUGCAUAUCUAAAUGGUAUCAGGCCACGACUAUCUGCAUUGCGAGUCGCAAGAGUUGCACCGGCAGCGCAAAUCGCUCGCGACUUAGCUCGACCUUUCAAGAACAUCUCACGGCAAUCUAUUAAAGUAUAUCCAGCUAUAAAUGCCCGUGUGCGAUAUUCCAGACCAAGUAGUACGCCGAACAAUACUUCAGUCAUAGCUUCGCUGGAUAUUGAUAUUACUUCGUUUGUGAAUUGUGACAUUAUACUCACAGAUAUACAGUUGAAGGUGCACGGCGGACAGGUACAAGAUUUAAGUCAAAUCCCUGGGCUAGCGCUUCCAAUUACAUGUCGACCUCAAGACGAUAUUAGCUUCCUUUAUCGGAUAUUGCCUGAUGACAUUGAUGUUACUAAUAAGUCUCAAAUUCGAGCCAUCGAUAUAUCUAUCACCGCCAAUGCCAAUGUCACUACUGUCUGUAAGCCACAGAUUGUGAUGCAAUGGUCUACAUCCCUGGACUUUACACCUCCUAUUAAUAAUGGCUUUGGUCAACCUACGAAACCUAUUCAACGUCCUCACAGACCCUCUGCGCUGUCUAUCGGCGCAACGUUUGACAGCAUUCCAACGAUUUCCUCUCUAGCAAUUAAUCAUCCCGAUGCUCUUCCAACAAUCGAAGCGACCACUCCAACACGCCCACAUCAUCGUCAUCAAAAUUCUGUCCCAGAUUUUGGCGUUACCAUGACAUUUUCCUCUCCAUCUACAUCUCCUAUCUACCCAGGUCACCCUUUCAUCUGGUCAAUCUUCAUAGUGAAUCGAUCUGAUAGACCUCGGAAGCUUGCUCUUCUUGUAUUACCAAAAAGACGUCGAACUGAAGCUCGUAUAACACGCCCUCCUUCGGCUGGUCAUGGCAGCGCACGUCGAGAUCCAAAAGUUGCGGAUGCUGUUCUCGACGAAAAUAUAAUAUAUGCCAUACAGCGAAAUUCGGCAAUGGAAUCCAGCGAGAUAGUCUGUCUAAGUACAGAUACUCGUGUAGGGCCACUUGCACCAUCAGCAUGUUACGAAGUUGAACUCAAAUUCAUGGCGUUAAAGGAAGGGAUUGUGGGAGUAGAAGCUGUGAGGGUGGUAGAUCUAGGAACGCAGGAGCAUGUAGAUAUCAAGGAUUUACCGACGAUCGUCGUCAAACCUGAACCAAAGGAAUAA